AUGAUUGGGCUUCUGCAGGAGAAGGAAAAACUUCAGUAUCAGAGGCCAACUUGGGAUGUAGCUUUAGCAUGAACUGCAAGAGCAUGAGGGAAAAAAUGUGUGCUUGAAUGUAAUAUUUAUUUAGACGACAUAAGAAUGGUCCAUCCCAUAUUUUGUGGUAUUGGCAAAAAUAUGUGGGUUGGCCUUGAAAAAGAAUUUACUUCAAAUAUUGCUAUCAGAAUUUUGUUUGAAGAGAGGAAAAAGUAUAAUUUUGCAAAUGGCACUUGCAUUGAUAACUGUUCUCAUUAUAUUAAGCUUGUUUGGGACUCUUACAAAGUUGGUUGUGCUGUUACUCCAUGUUAAAAAAUUGGAAAUAUCAUUAAUACAGCACUUUUCAUAUGCAAUUAUGCUCCAGGAGAAACUUUAACAAGAAGGCCUUAUGAAGCAGGAGUUUGCACUCAAUGUGGUCCUCAUGACAAGUACACAGAUCUUCUGUGCAGUGAUGCAGAUCAUGACCAAGCCACAUAUUACCAAUUUUGGUAUCCACAUUGGGAAGUGCCCCACCCACUUGUGUGUGAUCCAUUGUGCAUGUUUAUUUUAUUAUUGAGAAUACUGUGUUUUAUUCUGUGUAUCAUAAUUGUCUUCACAACACAAUGUCAGUUUCCAAAUGCCUUAUUGAAAAAACAAAUGAUAUUUACCCAUGAAGAAUCUGAAUUAGACACAAGCACUAUAGAAACUAAGGCUAUAGAGAAGAGAAAAGAAUCAGAAGUAGAGAAUGAGGGGGAAGAGAGAGAGGAAGAAAUGGAGGAAGAUGAGGAUGAAGAGCAGUAA